CCUUGCCGCUACUUUGCAACUCAGUCAUGUAUGAAAGGAGAUGAUUGUCCGUACGACCAUGAUCUCUCCAAAUAUCCUUGCAACAAUUUUGUGACCAAUGGUUUCUGCCGCAGGGGUGAUAAAUGUUUGUUUUCGCACAAGGGUACUCCACAGGCUGCUUCAGAUAGACCGGGUGCAAAU